CUUCCAAUGACGCCCAGAGAAUCGACGAGAGAAACGCCGCUGCCAGUCCGGUAAAAUCAGCGAAAGACGACAAACGUCAAGUACGGAAAAUUUGUUCGUGUAAUUGCGCGCUUUAUAUUUGACGUUUCCUUUAAUAUUGGAUUUUGCAAAACGAUUUAAUAUCACAAAGUUGAAAUAAUUCUGCUUGCAUUCGAAUUAUCUAGCUGCAGCGCAAAUUUGAGUUAAAAGUGCUGAGUAAAAGCAAAAUUUUAGUUUGCAGUGUGAAUAAAAGUGGUGUGAGAAAAGGCGCCGAAAAGAAUCAGCAGAAUCGUUCAGCCAGACAAUUUCAAUUGCAAAUACAUACAGCUGUGCCGUGUAUAUAAAUACAUACAUAUAUAGAGAAGAUAUUGGUGAAUAUUUAUAAAACACGUGUCUAUUUGCGAAAUUGCAAUACAUAUUUGCAAAAAGCGUCUGGGUGUGUGCUUAAAAAUAAAUAAAGAAAAAAUAUCAAAAUAAAAAAGUGAAAAAGAAACAUCGUCGCUGAAGCAGUUCGCACAAAAAUUUCAAACAUUUCGUUCCACAAAAAUGUCUGUACCCGUUGCUAUCAAGACAGAGGAACUCAUUUUGGAAAGCGCCGAAUACAACAGCACAGAGGAAUUGGACGAGGAACUACAAUUGCAAUUAGACGAUUCCGGAGGUGAAUUCAUUCAAUAUCAGGCGGAGCCGCAACUACCACAGCAGCGCCAACGUCAAUCAAGUUCCGGCAUGAAUUCCGACGGCAGUCCAUCAACAAAAAAUGGCAAUGGUGCCACUGCAUCAGGCGGCAAUGCUGCCAACAACAACGGCGGCAACAAAAACCUUCUAGAGAGCGAGAAACGUAUGCGACGAGAAAUCGCCAACAGCAACGAAAGACGACGAAUGCAAAGCAUCAAUGCCGGUUUUCAGAAUUUACGCUCGCUCUUACCACGCCACGAAGGCGACAAGUUGAGUAAGGCUGCAAUUUUACAGCAAACCUCUCAGUAUAUUUAUGAGCUGGAAGACCAGAAGACACAACUUCUGAAUCAAAACAGUCAAUUGAAGAGACAACUUGCUCUACAUGAAUCGAAUACCGCGGGUGGCUCAACUGGGACUGCUGGCGAUACGGCGACGACCACUAGCAGUGGUGAGGCGUUAAGCAGUGGCUGCAGUACAUCCAUGAAAAAGCGCAAACUCACUGAUAAUAUAAUCAACCUUCAGACAAUAAGCGACUCCUCCGAUGAAGGUCUUGGCUCGAUGUCACCAGAACCGACAACUCUUCUCAAUGCUACUGGCGCCAGUGUCAAUGCGAAGGGUCAAGUGAUUAUUGCCCAUAACGCUGCCUCUACCAAAGAAUUAAACGAAAUGAAGAAACAACUAGAAAAGGAGCGACGCAUGCGCACCAUGCUGGAAGAGGAAUUGCAAAUGAUAAAGAGACAAUUGUAUUCUGUUGCAACGGCACCGCCAGCAUCCACAUCCCCCUACAUUCCACGUGAAGUAAUCGAGCAUACAGACAAUUUGGUGCGGGAAUCUAUGGAUGAAUUGCCGGCUGGUACUGUGUCCUAUGUGGAAAUCGAUGAAGUCACCGGACAACGACAGGUGGUUGUUUGUUCGAGUAUUGAAGAACUGGAAAGCGAGGCGGCAGCCGCAGCUGCAGAGAUCAUCACCGAAGACAAUGUACAGGAGGAAGUUAUCCUCUCAUCCACAUCGUCAACCGAAUCUGAACAAGAAGUUAAUGCUAUCGCAAAGGCUUACGCUGAAGGCUCCUCGCCAUCAGCGGCUGUACUGCAGCCAAUACUACAAGCUGCCAUCAAGGCUACACCAAAAGUAGAAGUAGAACGCAUACAGGAAAUCAUCAAAGUGAAGACAGAGAAAAUAGAUCAACCUAGCGGUUUGACGCGCUCACGCCAAAAUCUCGAAACAAUCGUCGAGGCAAUACGGCAUUUAGAAGGGGAUCAUCUAUUUGCUGAUGGUGAACAAAAACUGCAGCAACAGCAAAGAUCACAAGAAGCACCCUUGGCGCUGACCACAAAAGUGCAACGCGCCACUUUGGCCGAGUUGAGUCCUUACCUGCAAAUCAAAGGCAGCAAACAAGUAACAAUAGUACAGCAGCAACCAAGCCAGCAGAAGGAUAGUACUGUAGGCAGUAUCAUGCCCACCGCCAUUUACAAAGUGCAAACGACUGCAGCGGGAGCGAGUAAUUCGGGUUCAGGACAAGGUGCACAACAAGUUACAAUCACAACGACGGCACUGAAGCAGGUUCGGCCAGGUGUCAUUGUUGCCAAGCAGCUGUCUUGAUUGCAUUCAACUGCAAAGGCGUCCCAAAUCGCAGAUGUAACAGCUACAGAGGUAGGAGUUAAUGAAAGUGCAGCUAAUGCGCUACCGCCAGAGGCAAGAGCGACAACGGCAAUUGCAACCGGCUGUUUCCCGAAGAAAAAUAAUUUAUUCAAAGAAAAAUCGUCGACGAAAAUUCCAAACAAUCUGGUCACCCAACUAGUGAGGCGAAAACUCAAAUCGAAUCAACGGGUAAAACUCGUUUCAACCAACAACAAUAUUAACAACCAUUUGAAAAUAGAUGUACCAGUCGAUAAAAAUUUUGCCAGCAGACCAACCCAGAACACAACAGCUAAAAUACAUAUAACCCAUGCAAAUAAACCGGAAAUUUCUGAAAAAUCUAUUAAGACUGUUCAUAAUACCGAAUUCGCCAUUGCACCAACAACAACGGCUACUAAAAACAAACUUUCCACUGUUGUCUUAUCGCCAUUGGGUGGUCGGGCGACAAAGCCAGUCAAAUCUGUCAAAUAUUUUCGGAAUUUGACUUCCGCAGGAAGCAAUGGUACAGCUGCUGCUGUUGUUGUGGGCAAAUUGAAAGCAACUGCAACUACUCCUACACUAAUUACUAAUGCUACAACUACAAAUACUACUAUUAUAAAUAUAAAUAGUAAUAACAAACAUAAUAAUUAUAAAAAUAAUAAUUUAAGUUCUUGUAAUAUUUUACCUAAGUUAAUUAAACACCAGCAAACAUAAAAUCUUAAUGUUACCAACAUUGUUUAUGGUAAUAAAGCGAAAAUAUUAAUAAUAACAACAAAAUAAUGCAAAUAAGGUCUAUGCAAUAGCAGAACAAAUACAGCUAACUUUAAUACCCAAAUCCAGAAGAGAAACAGGGAAUAAAACAAAUGGCGAAUUGAAAAAAAA